AUGGAUUCGCAGGUGCAUUUCACUGUUGGAGACGAUGACUCGGGCGGUCUUAGUGAGGAUGAGUAUUUCCGCAUUUCUUCUCCGAUUGGGGAUGACGAGGAUGACUCCUUUGAGAGUGACUCCGAGACGGCUGAAACGGGUGACGAAACCCACGGGAACGGGGUCAGGCCAAGCCAGGAGAUAUGUGAGGCUGAUGCUCCCGGUUUUAGGUCGACGGAGGAUUUCUUGGACAAAGUGUUUAGUACCGAGGAAGAUGCUUACGCGGCAUACAAACAGUUUGCCAGACUCAGGGGGUUCGGUGUAAGGAAGGGUGACGUGGCUCGAAUGAACGGCCUUUUGGUUAGACGAGACUUCUUUUGUCAUCGUCAAGGUACAAGGCAUGAGAAACACUACGAUCGUCCCGAAAGAGUGAGGGAGGAGAAGCCGGAGAGUCGCACGGGUUGUUCAGCGAAGCUGAAAAUUUACUAUGACCUGCAAGAUCAGGUUUGGAAAGUCCGGAGAAUAGACGACAACCAUAACCACCCUCUUGCUACAACCAUGUUUAGUCAUCUUCUUCCGAGUCAUCGGAAUCUGAGUGACGGUGACAAAGCUCAAGUUGAUAGUCUAAAAAAGUUUGGCAUUGCGACAUCAAAGAUAAUGGCGUACAUGGCCGGGCAGUCAGGGGGUUACCGGAUGCUUCGGUUUACGAAGAGGGAUUUGUACAAUUACGUUCACAGCCAAAGAAUAGCACAAAUUAUCAAUGGUGACGCUGCAGCAGCAAUAAGUUAUUUGGAAGGCAAGGCCAAUACGGACAUGAUGACUGUUGCCAGAUACACCAACACAGCAGAGAAUCAACUUGGUAGCCUAUUCUGGGCGGAUGGGCAGAUGAUGGCGGAUUACCAGUUGUUCGGUGACGUCCUUGCAUUUGAUGCAACAUACAGGUCCAACAAGUACAAGAAGCCUCUGGUGGUAUUCUCCGGAUCAAAUCAUCACAAGCAGACAGCAAUUUUCGGCUUUGCAUUACUGGAGGACGAGGAGGUCCGUACAUAUAAAUGGGUAUUACUGAACAUUCUUGAUGUCAUAGAAAACAAGAAGCCUUCCGUUGUGGUCACUGACGGGGAUAAAGCGAUGCGGGCAGCGAUCGCCGAUGUGCUACCUUUAUCCAGGCAUCGCCUAUGCGGGUGGCAUUUGGAAAAAAACUGUGUCUUAAGGGUGAAGGAGCCUGAAUUUCGAAAGGUCUUCAAAAAGGCAGUUUAUGCAAACUUCGAUGCUACAGAGUUCGAGGAGUACUGGAGCACGGCGGUGGAAAGUUUAGGGUUAAUGAACAACAGCUGGGUCAAAAGCACCUACGAAUUAAGACAUAGUUGGGCAACAGCAUAUCUACGUGGCACCUUUUGUGCGGGUUGCAGAACGACUUCGAGGUAUGAGGGCAUAAAUGCAUUCGUCAAAGGGUUCCUAAAGUCUACAAAUAGCCUUCUUGAAUUGGUUCAGAGCCUGGAUAGGGUGGUAAAAGACUAUCGCAACAAUGAGGUUACAGCUCAAUUCUAUUCAUCGUACUACACGCCCGUACUGACAACAGGUCUUGAUAAAAUCGAGUUGUUUGCUGCAAAGACAUACACUAGAGCAGUCUUCAAGGAGGUUAGGAAACAGAUAAAGGGGGUUGGUAGUUUAUUGUUGCUGGGGAAAGACAACAUUAGCACGACGUCCGUCUACAAGUUCUCAAGCGUGGGGAACCGUCGUAGGGUUCGCAAGGUUCUUUACGAUCCAAGCGAACCAAAGAUUGAAUGUGAUUGCAUGCUGUGGAACAGUGAAGGCAUUCCUUGCUGCCAUAUAUUUUGCGUGAUGAAGUAUGAGGGUUGGGACGAAAUCCCACCUGGUUUGAUUGUUAGGCGUUGGUGUAAGGAUGCGAAGGAAUGGACAGAAUCCGAAACAUGCAAUAUAUCGGGUCACAACAAUUGUUUAUUGAGGUACGGCACGCUGUGCAGUGCAAUGAGUGUCGUGGCGAAACUAGCUUCUGACGAUGUAUUUGACUUCUUUUUAGUGAGGGAUGCAGUAACGUCUUUGGCACGGAGGCUUCAGGUGCGUAGGGGCAAUACCAUAGACCACGAGGCCAGCGAGAGGCAACAGGACGUCGUGAGGGAUCCGGCUGUCACCCGGACAAAAGGGGCCCCUAAACGCGGUAGGGAGACGGGGUCCUCGACAACUGCAGAACCUGAGGGGAAGAGGCGUUGCUGCACUUGUUGUGGGCGUCCCGGUCACACGAAGAGGACGUGCAUGUCUUAA